GAACCACCGCCGCCGACAGCAGGCGCAGGUGACGACGAGUCGGAUGCUACGGCCACCGGCGCUGUGGUUUAUGUGGACCUCGAAAGCAUCCUUCGCAACAGUUCCGAGGUCACGGACCCCCUGGUGGUAAUUGUCCAGUCUAUUGAGUCUCGUCUUCAUCCUCUGGUCGACUGGGCUCAGCGCAUUCCAGCCUUCGCGGACUGCCUCAGCGCGGAAGAUCAGCUCUGUCUCCUCAAGUCGGCAUGGACAGAACUUCUUCUGACGAGUCUGGCCUUCCGAUCCACGGCUGCCAGCGCGCCUACUGGCUUCCUGCUUGCCAACGGCUACUAUCUAAGCAACAGCACAGCAGCGGCUCAUGGUCUGGGGCCGCUCGCCUCUAGGAUUCAAAAUGAAAUUAUCAGCAAGUUUCGCGAAAUGCGACUGGAUCGCACGGAAUUGGCUCUGCUCAAGGCCAUCAUACUUUUCAAUCCAGGUUAG